AUGGCUUCGUCCUCUUCGUCUCCUAUUUGGAAGUACGAUGUGUUCCUGAGUUUCCGGGGAGAAGACACCCGCAAGAAUAUCGUCAGCCAUUUGCACAAAGAGCUUGUCAACAGGGGAAUUGUUACCUUCAAGGAUGAUCAAAGGCUUGAGGUCGGCGACUCCAUUUCCGAAGAGCUAACCAGAGCCAUCCAAGACUCCAGAAUCGCUGUUGUUAUUCUAUCACAGAACUAUGCUACAUCUAGCUGGUGCCUGGACGAACUCGUAAUGAUAAUGAAUCUUCGCUUGAAGAAAGAGAUGAAAGUCGUCCCCGUUUUCUAUGGAGUUGAUCCUUCUCAUGUGAGACAUCAGACUGGGAGUUUCACGUUCGACAAGUACCAAGGCUCAGAAAUCGCUAACAAGGUCGUGAAAUGGAGAGAAGCGCUCUCGCGGAUCGCCAGCAUAGCAGGCAAGGAUUCUGCAACUUG